UCCAAUAUAAAACUUAUGUUUCUAUCAGUAUGCAACAUAAAUACUUCAUAUAUUUAUUAUUUUGUAGGGGCUUCUCUUGUCAUAAAUUCUUCAUGGAAGAAUCCAUCUGGUCAGUGGCAUGUUGGCUGCAAAUUGGUGUAUGAGCUCUUUACUGAUACACUGACCUCUCGAGUAAAGAAAGAACGAAAGAGAAGGUGGGAUGAGGAAAAUCAAGAAGCAAUAGCAGAGGCUGUAAAGCAGCUUGAUCAAUUUGAUAAGAAGCACACAAAAGUCGAAGGUGCGCACUUGAAAAUGGUCCGUGAAGACCUCCAGAAUAGAGUUGAUCUUCUGCGCAAGCAAGCUGAUAGCUACGAUGACAAGGGACCAGUUAUUGAUGCUGUCGUAUGGCAUGAUGGGGAGCUUUGGAGAGCUGCUUUGGACACACAGAGUCUUGAGGAUGAAUCAGGAUGUGGAAAGCUUGCAGAUUUUGUUCCUUUAACUAAUUACAGGCUUGAACAAAAGCAUGGAGUUUUUAGUAAAUUGGAUGCCUGUACAUGUGUGCUAAAUGUCUACAAUGAAAGGAAUAUAUUAAGUAUCGUGACAGAUAGUUCCCCACAUGCCACACACGUUGCUGGUAUUGCCGCUGCCUUCCACCCGGAGGAACCUUUACUAAAUGGAGUUGCACCUGGAGCACAAAUUGUGUCUUGUAAAAUUGGGGAUUCACGGUUGGGUUCUAUGGAAACAGGAACUGGUUUGACUAGGGCCUUGAUUGCAGCUGUAGAGCAUAAAUGUGAUCUCAUCAAUAUGAGUUACGGAGAACCUACACUGCUGCCAGACUAUGGUCGCUUUGUUGACCUUGUCAAUGAGGUGGUCAACAAACACCGCCUAAUAUUUGUCAGUAGUGCUGGCAAUAAUGGGCCAGCUUUGACUACUGUGGGUGCACCUGGUGGCACAAGUUCAAGCAUAAUUGGAGUAGGUGCAUAUGUUUCUCCAGCUAUGGCUGCUGGUGCUCACUUAUUAGUUGAGCCACCUACUGAAGGCCUUGAAUACACCUGGUCUAGUCGGGGACCCACUGUGGAUGGUGAUCUUGGUGUCUCCAUAAGUGCCCCUGGUGGUGCGGUGGCCCCUGUGCCCACAUGGACCCUUCAAAGACGCAUGUUAAUGAACGGAACAUCAAUGUCAUCUCCUUCUGCUUGUGGAGGUGUGGCUUUAAUCGUCAGUGCUAUGAAGGCGGAAGGUAUUCCUGUUAGUCCAUACACUGUACGGAAGGCUCUUGAAAAUACAUCUAUACCCAUAGGUGCUUUACCAGAAGAAAAAUUAACCGCUGGACAGGGAGUCAUGCAAGUUGACAAGGCUUAUGACUACAUGCAAAAGGUGCAAAAUCUUCCCUGUGUGUGGUAUCAAGUAAAAAUUAAGCAGGCUGGCAUCACAAGCAAACCAACUUCGUCUGCUACGUCUCGAGGCAUCUACCUUAGGGAGCCUUUAUAUUGUCACCAAUCUACAGAGUGGACAGUAGAAAUAGCACCGAAGUUCCAUGAAGAUGCAAAUAACUUAGACCAAUUGGUUCCUUUUGAAGAGUGCAUUGAGUUGCAUUCUACUGGAGAGGCAGUGGUGAGAGCUCCUGACUACCUCCUCCUCACCCAUAAUGGGCGCAGCUUCAGGAACUCCUUAAGAGCUAGCUGGUAACAUCAUUUCGUUAGUUUUCCACACAAUGGUGUCAAUUGUGAGUGCUGUGGGAUUAUACUGGGUAUGUUUUUGUUGUUCUUAGAUGUCAAUAUUGAGUAUGUAAUAGAAAAUCCAACCUAAGUCCACUUCUUGUGCUCUCUCCUGCAUGUGUUACUAAAUAAGUGGAGAGACUUCAAAGGAAUUUCUUGUUAGCUCAAAGGACGAGGCAAAAAGGUGUCACGUCGAUAAGUUGGAAGGUAAUCACAUCCCCAUUAUCAUUUGGAAAGUAGGGAAGAUAUCUAGGGGUCCUUGAGAAGGGACUAUAUGGAACUAAUGAGGUGGACUCCCUGAUGAACAAUGAUAGCCACAUCUUCUUAUGGACAUUGUUUAUGUAAAAAAACAUAAUGACGCAAGUAGUUCAGUAGAGCAGGAAACAGGGAAAAUAUUAGUUUUUGGCAGAAUAUGUGGUGUUGGGAUGAAAUCCUCCUCGAUGUCCAGUGAUAUCAAAGGCGAAAAGCGCAAAAAAGCUCUAAGGUCCGUGUGGGCUUUAAGUGCAAAGCGCUAAUAAAGUGUGGGCUUUAAUUAAAAAAAGGCGCAAAGGGAGAAAAAAA